AUGCCUCCUAUCCGAUCCAAAAGAAUACCACCCCCCAAAGCAUAUAAAAAGGCCAUCAAUGAAAUUGCUAUCUAUCUAGCUAGCAAACCCUCUCUUCUGCAGAAAAUCAGAGAUAAUAAUAUUGAUUCUCUUGUUUCUUCUAUUAAGAGAGAGUUCUGUAAUGUUGCCGAUGGAGUGAACGAUGGCAUUUUCAAUGAUAUUGCAGCUUUCCUCAACCACCCCAAACAAAUGAAGGAGCCGAAUUGCCAUGCAGAGCUAAGAGAAGCGAUGAAGCAGAGGAAGGAGGAGAAGGAAAGAAUUAAAAGAAUCAAAGCUUUAUUUGUUCAGGAGUGUAACCUCAAGGAGGACGAUGCAAGGAGAGACAAAUAUUUGGAAAAGUUUACGAUUGUGGAAGUAACCCGAUAUCAAACACCCUACCCUCCACCCAGUAAUUGGGUGUAUGAGUCCGAGCAAAUCCAUGACAUUUGGCAUGAUCACCUCCAGCUUGGUAAGCCGAAAGACAAAAGGCUGAAAGUACCACCGAUGCUACUUUUGAAACCACAAUAUCUACAACUAGAUGUUGCCCAAGACCAAAACUACAUUUUUGUCGAUUCCAACACCAAGGAAAUUGUUGGAUUGGUUGCUAGGAAUUGGAUGGCCGAGGGCAAGAAAGAAACUCUAGAUUGGGUCAAUGAGAUUAUUAUCAAGGAAUGUCAGGUCAGGAAAUCAGUCCGACUUGAAGAUACUGGCAAACUUUGUCAAAUGGGAUAUUCAGCUGGUUCCAGAAGCAAAGCCAGUUUCGAUUGGGUUAGAAAUAUCACCUCCAAGAAAAACCGAUUAAAAGACUUUGAGCACUUGGGCAGCUAUAUUUUUGCUCUUCUUUGGAACAUGAGUAAGGGUAGAUUGCCGAAGACGAUUAUUGAGGAUAUAACUGGGUUUUGCAAUUCUACCCUAAUGCCGAGAAUGAAUUAUGCUGCUAAAGACAGGGCUACUUCCCAAAUCUGGGGGAACUAUACUGUGAGAGUGGGAGCCGAUGACAUUGAGUUUGACUGUGUUCCGAUGGCACCUCCUUCUGGAUUUAUCGCAUAUAAUUAUGCAAGGGGUACUCAUAAUGAAAAGUGCCCUCAUAAGUAUGCAUUGUUCUGGACUACAGCUAGGACAUAUGGAUCCGAGGAGGGGGGUCACUUCUUCAUUGCCGAUUAUGGAAUCAGAAUCAAACAGUCAGCCAAUUCAGUGGUAGUUUGGAAGCCGACUGAUUUUCAUGGUACUACUUUAUCAGUAAAGGGCCCUACCGAUGAGUCUGAUUCCCAUCAAAUUGGUAUGAGUAUUGUCACUCCUGUCCGAUUGUUAAAGUUGUGGGAAAAAUAUCAACAGGAACAAAUUACUGCCGAUAAUGUUGAGGCUAUUUUGGUUGAGUCCGAUGAUUCCGAAGAGGAAUAA